AUGUCGCAUGUAUCAACGCUGCCGCCGGUGAAUAUGGCGGAGAUUGAAGGAAGGGGGAGAGCACUCGUUUCUUCACAGCCGCUAAGAGCUGGACAGAUUGUCUUCAGGGAUUCCCCAAUCCUCCUCUAUUCUGCUGCUCCUCUUCUAAAUCACCCCACAAUGCCAAUUCAUAGCUCACACUCCCACAUCCAAUGGGUCUUCCAAGCCUUCUCGCACCUCCGAGAAGUGAAUUCUCCUCUUUUACACCAACCUCAGGACUGCCAAGUCCACGCCCGUUUUCCUGUUUCUUACGACCUGGCCGUGGUGUCCACUUCAAAUUUACAGACUCUUUUGUCCCUUCAAGGUGACUCCAUUACAUCACUAGACGACACCACUCUUUUCCUCCAUUCCAUCAUUUACUCUCUCUGUACGUUCCCUAAUCACAGUCAAUUUGGCUUUUCGGUGGAGCUUUCUGCGGCUCUUUUGGCUAAGGACAAGCUCAACGCCUUUGGUUUGAUGGAGCCUUUUGCGCAACAUAUAGAAAGGUCAGUGAGGAUUUUUUCAAUCACGAUUGCCUCCCUAAUGCUUGCAGGUUCGACUAUGUCAACUGUUGCUGAUCAUGGUAACACUGAUCUCAUUGUCCGGGUCAUUCACGACCUACCUGACGGCAGAUGGAUAUGCUUGAAUUAUUUCCCUGUCAAUCUCAAGUGCACCGAAAGGCAGCACAGGUUGAAGGAUGACUAUGGUUUCACCUUUGACUUGACUGUUGCUAGGUCGAAGCCAAUUGGUAUGAUGAGGAAGAGGGAGAGGAGGAGGAGGAGGAGGCUUCCAUGGAUGAGGAUGCUGACGAGGAUAGGGCACAAGAGGACAGUAGUUGCCCCCAUGCUCAUUUCUUCCUUCAGUACACGUGUGACCGAGACAAUUGCUGGGGUACAUUGGCUCCCUUGCCUCCAGUGGAUGCCGUUCCAUCUACUGUCAUGGAGUGCAAUGUUUGUGGCAACUCGAGUAACUCUGAACAAUUAG